UUACAACUAAUGACCUCUUUCACCGAUAGAAAAUCAAUCUAAUUUCGUCCCGACUGGUCGACACCGCGCGAAGAAAUUUAACUCACGCGUUGUUUUUCUACGACGUAGUCGUUAUUGUUUGUCCGAAUCGGAAGAAUCGUGUAAUUUGUGUGUCAAUACGAACAAGGAACCGACGUCUGGAGCAACGAUGGACGCAGCUGCUCGACGCGAUCGAAUAACAUUCCAAGACAAGGCCGUGUACGGAUACGGGACGAGCAUACCACCGAACAACAACGAACCCGAGGAGAAUGACGCGACGUCGCCGAGGCAAGUGAUUUUCUGCGUUCACGGGAAACUAUCUGGCUGCUGCACGGUAGUGAAGACCGGUUCGAUCGACGAAACCGCGGCCACUGAUUACCGAGAAAAUGCUCCCACCGUACCAGAAGACCAUUGUCACAGAGAAAGAAACGACGCGAUCGAUAAAAAGGCAAGAAAGAAAUUACUGCUCGCUAGUGUGCUAUGCGUGAUUUUUAUGAUAGCAGAAAUCGUAGGUGGAAUAUUGUCGAACAGUUUGGCGAUCGCAACGGACGCAGCUCAUCUCUUAACCGAUUUCGCGUCGUUCAUGAUAUCGUUGUUCUCUAUAUGGGUCGCGAGUCGGCCAGCAACGAGAAAAAUGCCGUUCGGAUGGUACAGAGCGGAGGUGAUUGGAGCUUUGACCUCGGUAUUACUGAUAUGGGUAGUAACUGGAAUACUGUUUUACCUAGCAGUCGAGAGGAUCAUUCACAAAAAUUUCGAAUUGGACGCCACCGUAAUGCUGAUCUCGUCCGCCGUUGGCGUUGCGGUAAAUCUAGUGAUGGGUCUGUCGUUACACCAACACGGCCACGGUCACAGUCACGGACACGCGGCUACGGAAAAAUCAAGUCAAAUUGAAAAUGCAGGGAUAAUCGACAUGGAAGACUUCGAUCACGAUAGGAAAAACAUCAACGUACGUGCCGCUUUCAUUCACGUUCUGGGAGACUUCAUUCAGAGCAUAGGCGUCUUCGUGGCUGCGCUAGUCAUUUACUUCAAGCCGACUUGGAGCAUCGUAGACCCAAUUUGUACAUUUCUAUUUUCGCUGCUGGUCGUAUUAACCACGGUUGCCAUAAUCAAAGAUGUGAUGAACGUUCUAAUGGAAGGUAUUCCGAAGGGAUUCGAUUACUCGCAAGUGGAGAGCACCUUUAUGCAGAUUGAUGGUGUCGUGAAGGUGCAUAAUCUUCGUAUCUGGGCGCUGUCAUUGGAUAAGACUGCGUUGUCCGCCCACCUCGCGAUAAAACCAGGUACGAGCCCACAAGAUAUAUUGCGCACUGCGACGAGAAACAUCCACGACAAAUACAGAUUCUUCGAAAUGACGCUACAAAUAGAGGAAUUUAACGAACGAAUGGAGAACUGCAAACAGUGCAAAGCGUUGUCCUAAUAGUUGUCGCCACUCGGUGGGCUUUCUAUAUUGUUAGCCACACAGCCAACAAUCCAUACAAAACGCUACCAGGUCGUAGUGCCAAUCGUAUGUGCGCACACGCGCGCAAUUCCGACAAUAACAAGUGAUGUCUCUAUCUCCUUUCCAACGACCGACAAUCGAGAAAAAUGAAACCUUAUUCCUCUCGCAGACAACCAGCAAAACUAUUCACUCGAUCGUUUCCUUUCAUCUUGUAUCGCAACGAUUUUAACUUGGUCGGUUUUACAAGUCAUCGUGCAGUACUAUCGUUAUUUAUUUCAACAAAGGCUCUUGGUAAAGCCAUCGAGUAAGCAAUGCACGCUCAAGAAAUAGUUUUUACAAUUACUCGUUUCGACAGCGAGAAGGA